UGGUGGCCUAGCUUGUGGGUCAGGUUCAGUCUUGUGUUCUGGUGUUGACUGUUUGAUAUGAAGUUUACAUGACAUUAAAUAUCACAGAAGAUGAGUGUUAAGUUCAGGGACAGAGAAAAGGUUAACCCGGUGAAAUUCCGGCAUCAGGAUGACGUCAUUGAGAAUGACGUCGCGGACGAAAGGAGGAAAUUGGAGGGCGUGUACCAGUACCGCCACCUAUCGGAUGAAGACAGAGAAUUGGUGGAUUGUCUCCUCUUGGGUACUCUCUCAAAGGAUGAGAUUCCACGGCCCAAAUCUAAGGUCGUCAAAAUAUUCAUCAGCUCAACCUUUACAGACAUGACCCAGGAGCGGAACGCUCUGGCUGAAACAGUGUACCCCAAGCUCCGACAGUACUGCAGACACAAGCAUGGUUUGGACUUCCAGGCCGUGGACAUGAGAUGGGGAGUUCCCCCCGAAGCCAGUGACGACCACACGGCCGCCAACCACUGCCUCGCGGAGCUCAGACACUGUCAGGAGCUGUCGAUCGGACCCAACUUUGUGGCUUUCGUGGGUCAGCGGUACGGGUCUUGCCCCCUACCGGCUGCAAUUAUCAGAGCCGAGUUCGAAGCCAUCCGUGCAAACCUUGAGACCUCUAGUAAAGACGUCACGCUCCUAGACACGUGCUAUCUCAAGGACCAGAACUCGCUCCCAGCCGUGUACAGAUUGCAACCUGCCAGUAAAAUAAAAGAGAAGACUGGCCGCCUGUGGUGCAGUAUAGCGGGGGACAUACGAGAGGUGUUAUUUCGGGGUGCUCAGAGAGCCGUGGAAGCUUCGGAACUCUCUAAGGAAUCAUUCCGACUUCUCAAAUCUUCAGUGACAGAGAUGGAGAUCUACGACGGUCUGAUUAACAUCGCCAGGGAGAAAGACCGCCAGUCCAACUGUCUGCUGUACUUGAGGGAUAUAGAAGGACUAGACACAGACAGCGAUCCUAAGAUCGUCCGGCGCUUCCUGGACCUCCAUCCAGACACCUUACAACCAAACGAGACUGCAGCCAAUGCUCUGACAGAGCUGCGAGGACGAUGUACCAAGAAGGUAACCAACCAGAACAUGUUGAAGAUGUCCGUGAAGUGGGAGAAAGAUGGAAUAUGUCCUGUCACACAUAAUGACUACAUACAGACCCUGUGUAAUCACUUCUAUGCUACGGUGAAGCUCAUGGUGGAUCGGAACAUGGCUAAGAGGAACAAACUCCAGGAUGAUGACCUCUACAAUGAAGUGGUCCAGCAUUGGACGAUUGCUAGAAACAGAUGCCAAACCUUUGUAGGCAGGGCUCCGAUGAUUCAGAGCAUCAGGGGGUACCUAGAAGCGCAAACAGACCAAGCCUUAGUCGUGCAUGGGGAAUCUGGCAGUGGAAAGACGUCACUGAUGUCCAAGGCUGUUUCUGUGGUCAGUGAAGUGGUGUCCCAGAACGAGAACGAGAUGAAGAUGGUGACUGUGGUCCGGUUUGUUGGCACAACGCCCGAAAGCUCCUCCAGCCACCAACUGCUGUAUUCCGUGUGCCACCAACUUGCGUACAUCAGCAAGCAACACAGAUCCGAUGUCCCCGAGGACUAUACAAGUCUGAAGAUGUACUUCAGGGACGUCGUACAGAAAGGCAAUUUCAGUGGAGUUGUGAUUUUAUUCCUUGAUGCUUUAGACCAACUAUCGCCAGCAAACGGGGCACACACUUUGGACUGGCUUCCAUCAAGGCUUGCGCCAAAUGUGAAGCUUAUUGUGUCCACGUUGCCAGAGAAACAUGGUAUUUUGGACAAAUUACGGAACAAAAUUGCCCAUAACUUCUUAGAAGUGUCACCUCUUCCACAAACAGAUUGCAAGCAGGUAAUGAGGGCACUGUUGGAACAUUCGGGGAGGGCGAUUUCCUAUCCUCAGUGGAGAAUAGUUGAAAAAGCCUUUACAUUUUGUACAUUACCUCUAUUCAUCACACUCACCUUCCAAGAAGCCAUUAGAUGGAACUCUUAUGAUGAUCUGCCACCCGAUGCCCUUCUACACACAGUGGAGGCAAGCAUCAACCGAUUGUUCGACAGGCUGGAGAAGACAUAUGGAAAAAUGUUUGUUUCUAGAGCGCUGGGAUAUAUCACGGCUGCGAGGAAUGGUCUCAGUAUGUCUGAACUGGAUGAUAUUUUGUCUUUGGAUGAGGAUGUCCUGAACAGUGUCUUCACCCUCUGGGAACCGCCAAUCAGAAGGAUUCCUUCCAAUCUCUGGCCACGCCUCUACUUGGACAUUUCCUCUUUCCUAGUAGAACAGGAGGCGGAUGACAUUGUGGUGCUGUCCUGGUAUCAUACCCAAUUCGUCAGGGCGGCAAUGUCAAGAUAUCUGUCAAACGUUGAGGAACGCAUGCUCAUACAUAGAAACAUUGCUGAGUAUUAUCUCGGGACUUGGAGUGGAACAAUGAAAAAACCCUUUGUGUAUCAGCAAAGAUUGAUGGCACGUCUGAAAAAGACAGACCCACACAGCGCAGCUUGCAGACAUGUUCCCGAGCAGCCCCUGAUCUUCAAAACCAGUGAAACGUGUGAGAGAUACAACCUCCGCAAAAUGAACCAAUUGCCAUACAGUCUUGUUCAGAGUGAGCAAAUAGACCGGCUAAAGAAGGAGUGCUUUUGUAACUUUGACUGGCUGUAUGCCAAACUCAAGGCAGUAUCACUGCAGCAGAUUCUAGGUGAUUUCUCAAUGUUCCACGACAGAGAAACAAGCUUUGUAGCUGAUGCACUUCGUAUGUCUGGAUCUGCUCUCAAGAUUGAUCCAAACGCUCUUGGUACGGAGAUUUCCGGGCGCCUUCUACCUCAUAUUCACCAUUACCCAAUUAUCAGAGACCUUGUUAGACAGUGCGAUCUGAGGUCUCAGCACCAAUGUCCCCUGGUACCACACUUCCAGAUCUAUAGCGUGCCAGGGGGCCCUCUGCAGUAUGAGUGGGAGAUAGAUGGAACAAUCCGGUCAGCAGUGGAUGUUGAUGUCUUCAACAGCCCCGAUGGCAUUCUAAUGACUGCUAAACCCUACUACAGCAAGACUCUGAAGGUAUGGGAGUUAACCCAAGGGGAACCGAGACAAGAUAUGCAGAUGCCCAUUGGGGAGAUACAUCCAAGUAAAGAUGGAAAAUAUCUCAACAUCUUCUCCAGGAAUCGUAUUGUGACGAUUUACAAAUCGGAUUGUGGGGAAGUCCAUGCUUCUGUGGAUUUUGGUUAUGGUGAAGUUGCUCAUGUGAACAUAUCCAACCAAUACAUUGCCUUCACAACACGACAUAAUGCUAGUCCUUGUGUUAUAGACAUUGCCAAAGGAAAGGUUCUGCAUAGAUUCCCCUGUAGGAGCAAUGCAGUGGCCAUCAGCCCAAACGAAAGAUACAUAGUGUUCAAUGCAGACAGGAAUAUUAUGUUGUACUCUUUGCCUCUAAUGGAAAGAAAGUGUGUAGGUCAAGCCAAUGAUGAACCUAUGCAGAUUGCUUUCAGUGACGCUCACAUGAAGUGCUAUGUUCUCACCAAAACAAGACUGUUCCAAACCAUCCAUUUUGACGUUGUAAACAGAGUCUCAACGACUUCUGGCAUAGUUGAGGAUAUGGAGAUAAAGGAGUUUAAAAUAUCACAUCUUGAGCAUAGGAUUCUUGUCCGGAGUUCCCGUUGUCUGUAUCUCGUUGACACAGCCACAGAGACAAUUAUACAUAGGCUGCAGAGGAUGCCUCCAGGGGUUUUCGUGAAGACCAUGACAUCUUUCACGGGAGCUGGUUUCACACCAAAGGAUGAUCUAGUGGUAGCCUCAAGGGACACGUACAUCGCAGUGUGGGAGACCGAGACGGGAACACCUAUCAGACUUCUUCAAGCAUCGGUGUCCCCAAUAGUGAAGAUCUUCACUUCAGAUACCUUGAACAAGGCAGUAGCCCUACUCAGAGACAACACUCUUCAAGUGUGGGAUCUGGACAAUUUGGAUGCUGAUGUUCAACAUUCUAACGAAGUCAUGUCUACCACAGUAAGGUCUGUGGCAGUUUCAUCCACCACCAGGAGAGUUCUAUGUCAUGGAACUAGGUACCCAGAGGCCAAAAUACUGGACAUUGAAACGGGUAAUAUUAAAGCUGUUCUCCAGCAUACAUGUGAUUUGGAAGACAAAAUUUUGGAUUGUGAACUAUCGCCUUUGGGCCUAUUUGCUGUAACAAAGGCUCAUCUGGCUGAGAAGGGAGAAUAUAGCAAAGGGUUUAAGACCAUUCUCACUGAUGACAUUGUUUGGAAUAUGAGCACUCAAGAAAAGAUCCACCACGCACCAUCCAAUAGGUACAUAGUAUUCAACACCAUCAAUUCCAUUAUAGCAGUUGUCCAGUGCGUGUUUUACAGUUCCAUUGACUGGACAUGCAACACAUACCACGUGAAGGUGAUUCAACCAGAUGUGAUUGAGGAAGAACAACCUGAAUUCUCAAUCCCACUGAUGUCCGAGUUUGUGUGCAAGCCAGUCCUACUGUCUAUCAGAGAGGGCGAGGGUGUGUUCCAUACCUUCUAUACAGUUCUGCAGUUCUGUAAGAAGGAACUACACCCUGUCACUAAGGGAGAACUGUCAAGGAGUUGCUAUAUGAGACUCUACACGCGGACUCUUUUGAGUAAACAACCCGAUGAGAAGAUCCUCUGUGUCAAAGACUUUCUGAAGCAUGCUGAUCCAAAUGAUCAGUUUGUGGACGUGCGGAUCAUUGAUGGGAACAAACUCCUGAUGAUAUAUUCGAAGGAUCCAGUCACAGCUUUCUUUGACAAAGAGACAGGACUGGUUCUCUCAGACGCUUCUCACAAGGCUGCUGUAGUGUACGAUCCUGAGACGCAAACCAUCAUUCGACACCUUCUCCACAUUGUGAAGCCAGACUCCCUCCUCAGCCAAACAGUUAUCUCGCGUCUUAGUUCCGUUAUAGUGGAUGAUCAGCUAAGAGUCUUUGACCAUCAUGAAAACAAACUGAGAACAGAGAUCAAAACAAAGUUUGCCGACGGAUGUCACAGGCUUGCCCUUGAUGGUGCUUACAUCGUAGGAAUAUCUCAUGAUCUUCGUUCAGUGAUUGUGGUGCGGUCUGUAGAUGGGGAACAAAAGGGUCGUCUGUUCAUCCAUGGGAAGGCAACUUGUAUUGAAGUCGCUGAAGAUGAUCGGACAGUUGUGGUUGGAUGUUAUGACGGUCGGGUGAUGAUACUGAGCCUUGUUCUGGGGCUCAGUGAUCCCGUGACUGAGUUAAUUGAUAAACUCCCGAGUAGAAUCCCACUUAAAGGUCAACAAGAACCACUGGUCAAUGGAGACAUCAGGCACAUGCAGCGGUCAUUGCCAGAACUCACUCGACUUGCUAUGAAGUUGAAAGAAGAUGCAGAAAAGCAUGAGAGACGACAAACAUCGUUCAGAGCUCUUGCCACAAGUGUGACUGUACUUAACAAAGUCAGGAUGAGAUCCCAGGCGUGUUCUCUACAAUGAAAUCUUACUUCACUGGAAUGAUGAUAACGUAACACUGCCAAAAGAUGUUAUCUUGUAACUUGAGUGUACUCGAUCUAACAUUCCUAUGAUUAUUCCUGCCUGGCCUUUAUACUAUGCAUUAGUGGACAUCAGUACAAUUGUGUCAUGCCACCAGUGGCCAUCAGGUCAUUCAACAGUGGAUACGAGGAUCAUCAGGUCAUGCAUCAAUGGAUAUCAGGACAAUUGUGUCAUACACCAGUUGAUACCAGGACGAUCAGGUCAAGAAUCAGUAGAUGCCAUCGGGCCAUUCAACAGUGGAUAUCUGGACCAUCAGGUCAUGCAUCAAUGGAUAUGAGGACCAUCGGGUCAUGCAUCAAUGGAUUUCAGAACAAUUGUGUCAUGUCAUGCAGUGGAUACCAAGUGGAUCAUCAUUUCAUGCAUCAGUGAUAAUAGAUCAUCAGGUCAUGCAUCAGUGGAUCCAUUACCAUCAGGUCAAGAAUCAGUGGAUACUAGGACAAUCAAUCAUGUCAUGCCUCAGUGGUUCCAGGACCCUCAGGUCAAGCAUUAGUGAAUACCCGGACUAGCAUGUCAUGCAUCAGUCGAGACCAUCAUGUCAUGCAUAAAUGGAUACCAGGUCAAUCAAUCGUGUCAUGCAUCAGUGGAUCCAGGACCAUCAGGUCAUGCAUCAGUGGAUACCAAGACCAUCAGGUCAUGCAUCAGUGGAUACCAGGACCAUCAGUGGAUACCAGGACCAUCAGUUCAUGCAUCAGUGGAAACCAGGACCAUCAGUUCAUGCAUCAGUGGAACCAGGACCAUCAGGUCCUGCAUCAGUGGAUACCAAGACCAUCAGGUCAUGCAUCAGUGGAUACCAGGACCAUCAGUGGAUACCAGGACCAUCAGUUCAUGCAUCAGUGGAAACCAGGACCAUCAGGUCAUGCGUCAGUGGAAACCAGGACCAUCAGGUCAUGCGUCAGUGGAUACCAGGACCAUCAGGUCAUGCAUCAGUGGAUACCAGGACCAUCAUGUCAUGCGUCAGUGGAUACCAGGACCAUCAGGUCAUGCAUCAGUGGAUACCAGGACCAUCAGGUCAUUCAUCAGUGGAAACCAGGACCAUCAGGUCAUGCGUCAGUGGAUACCAGGACCAUCAGUUCAUGCAUCAGUGGAUACCAAGACCAUCAGGUCAUGCUUCAGUGGAUACCAGGACCAUCGGGUCAUGUAUCAGUGGAUACCAGGACCAUCGGGUCAUGCAUCAGUGGAUACCAGGACAAUCGGGUCAUGCAUCAGUGGAUACCAGGACUAGCAUGUCGUGCAUAAAUGGAUACCAGGUCAAUCAAUCGUGUCAUGCAUCAGUGGAUCCAGGACCAUCAGGUCAUGCAUCAGUGGAUACCAAGACCAUCAGGUCAUGCUUCAGUGGAUACCAGGACCAUCGGGUCAUGCAUCAGUGGAUACCAGGACCAUCAGGUCAUUCAUCAGUGGAAACCAGGACCAUCAGGUCAUGCGUCAAUGGAAACCAGGACCAUCAGUUCAUGCAUCAGUGGAUACCAGGACCAUCAGUUCAUGCAUCAGUGGAUACCAGGAACAUCAGGUCAUGCGUCAAUGGAUACCAGGACCAUCAGGUCAUGCAUCAGUGGAUACCAGGACCAUCAGGUCAUGCAUCAGUGGAUACCAGGACCAUCAGGUCAUGCAUCAGUGGAUAAAAGGACCAUCAGGUCAUGCAUCAGUGGAUACCAGGACCAUCAGGUCAUGCAUCAGUGGAUACCAAGACCGUCAGGUCUUUCAUCAGUGGAUACCAGGACUAGCAUGUCAUGCAUCAAUGGAUAACAGGACAAUCAGGCCAUUGAUCAAUGGAUGCCAGGACCAUCAGGUCAUUUGUGGUUACCAAGACCCAAAUGACAUGCAAUCUCAAAGCUUUUAGCAACACCUGAAGGGAUCUUGAUCUUUAUCUUUCCUCAAUUGUCUCUUGGCAAAACGGAUGGUGAAGCGUAAACUAUUUCCGAAAUGUCAGUCUCACACAAGUUAUGAAGCAGAAAAGGAGACCAUACCAUCCUCGAUAGUCAUUGCCCAACGGGAGAGACGUGACUGUCAGUAGCUGUAACGACAACAAAUAUCGCAUUUACUGGACAUUUCAACGUUCUCAAAAUUAACAUUUCGAUUUCCCAUAAUUAGAAUGAGGAUGAUAACAGAACUCGAUCGGGCUUUUAAAAAAACCACAAACUUCUGAACUAGGCUCUGUCUAGUCUUACUGUGGGCCCAUCAAAGCUGGCUGUGAUACGCAUAUAUAUAACAUAAGUGGUCGAUUAUCUUUAACAUAAUGUUUAAUGUACGUGUCUUGUUUGUGAAGUCUGGGUUUCUUGUCAGACAGUAAACAUUUUAGUCACUGCUACGAGAGGCCGAACCAGUUUACUUUGUAACAACACAUCAGUUCAACACAGAAUACUACCUAAUACCUUAGUUUAACAAAGGUCACUUGUCAUAUGUAUGUUUGUGUGCAUAUCUUAACUGUAUUGUUUAGAUAAUGAAAUAUAUGAAUAACACAUACGCUGUUUUGUGUGAAAUGUUAUUACAUUUUGCAAAAACGAGGUACCAAUUUGCAUUUCUUGUUUUUUAUUUAGGUUAUGUUACGUAGCCUACUGGGGUACGAAUAAAUGCACUUUCCCACAUC